AUGACUGCGGUUGUAUCCCAGCGGCUCAUUUAUGAGGGACCGAAACCAACGACGAUAGAGGGCAACUUUCCUGUCGAUGACAACAUCAUCAACUGCUUUCCUGUCCAGACCACCGUCUUAUCUGCUAAUAAGUGUGGUCAGUCGAAGUGGACGACGACCGCACGUCUGGACGUGAAACGGCCGGAUGGCACCCCUGCGUCGUACUUUCUGAAAUGUGCCGCCGGAGAAGCUGGCCGGGUGAUGAUCGAAGGCGAAUACAACUCCAUGUCAGAGCUAUACAAGACUAUGCCAGAACUGUUCCCGAAACCAUACACCUGGGGGAAGUGUUCAGGCUCCGCUAUCGACACAUAUUACUUCCUGGCCGAAUUCAUCGACAUGUCUGAUCGUGCACCGGAGCCUCAGCAGCUCUGUUCCAAGUUGGCGAGGCUGCAUAAAACCAGCGUCUCUCCGACAGGAAUGUUCGGCUUCCACAUCACGACAUGUCAAGGUCGGAUCCCUCAGGCCGUGGCCUGGGAGAGUAACUGGACGACCUACUUUACGAACCUGCUCCGCCAUGUUAUUGCACUCGACAAUGCAGAAAAUGGCGGCUGGGACGCCCUCAGCGCCCUCGAGGAUCGGCUUCUUGAGCGAGUGGUUCCCUACCUUCUGGACAACCUGACCAAAGAUGGCCGUGUGGUGAAGCCGUCCCUCAUCCACGGCGAUCUUUGGGAAGGCAACACUGGAACUUCGUAUUACACGGGAGAUAUCUACCUUUUUGACGCAGCGGCCAUGUAUGCCCAUCACGAGUUUGAGAUUGGAAACUGGAGGUGCUGCUACAACAAGAUUCACAACAAGGUCUAUACGCAGACGUAUCUCCGCUGUAACGGGCCCAGCGAGCCGACAGAAGAAUGGGCGGAUCGAAAUCGACUCUACUGCAUUUACUAUAAUAUAUUAUACUCGGUGAAUCACAGGAGCCAAGGGAAGGCGGUCCGUCAGACGGCAUUCGACGACAUGUACUAUCUCAUUGACAAGUUCGCACCUUUCCCCGAAGGCCAAGGACCUGAACGGAUUACAGUUGCGGAUAGAGCCACGCUAUCCGACGAGGGGGAUCACACCAAGGGCUGA